CUUCUUCCGAGUUCUCAAUCCGGCGAUCCGUCUCAUUUGAAACCCUAGUUUUCGUAUUCUUUGAUUCCGAUCCGUGCAUUCCCAAGCAGAAAAAGAAAGAUGGCCACAGAGAGAUGGAAAGUCGACCACCUCGUCGUUUCUGCGAUGAAAGCGGCCGACGCGGUCAAGACGAAGGACAACCUCAGGAGAUGCAUCGAAGCUCUUACAUGUCUCAAGGGUCUGUCUCUCUCCUCCGAAGAUCUUCGAGAAUCGGCAUCCUUGCAAAAGCUGGAGAGACUCAGAGAUCAUCCAAACCCUAAGAUACGAACUGAGGUCCGAGACUUGUUCUCUUCUUUGAUGAGAAUUCUCUACGCCAAACCUCUUCCCGCCACCAAUUCUCCUCAAGUUUCUCCAAGUCCGACAUGUUCCGUCUCGAAGAGGGUUUCUUCGGAUGAUCACAGUAGAGAGAGAUGCGACACGUCGAAGAAGAAUGAAACCCAACUCUUGGAGAUGUUUCAGGCGGCGAAGGCAGCGGCGGAUGCGGCCAACGUGAAGGGCAUUCUCUUGGGCAAGUCCGAGGCCACUCGCUGCGUUGACCUCUUGUCCAAGCUCAUGUACUUUACCGUCACUCGGAAAGUUCUUGAAGAAAACCGCAUCCAAGAGAGGCUUGAGAAUCUCACCAAGCACAAGAACCGAAACAUCUGCUCUUCCGCAUCUCUACUGAUUCAGCAUUGGACCGAGAAUACUAUCAAGAAUCAAGAAUGCCACCAAGAUUCUGUCACCAAGUUGACUCGCGAUUCUCUGCUGAGAUGUCUCUACGCGAGCGGGAGAAGGACCGCUCCUCCCAAAGCUGUUCCGAAGAGGCCUCUCCAGAAGAAGGUGCCACCGAAUGACCCUCACCCUCCUAAAGUUUCUGCAAUCCCGAGGCUUCCCAUCCCGAAAAGGGUCAAGACCAACGAGGAGAAGAGGUCGAUGACGCAGGCUGAUAUACUGAAGAAGGCAAUCGAGUUGUCGGAGUUGUUUGAAGCAGCCAAGAAAGCAGCAGAUGCAGCCAACACGAAGGGCAUUCUCUUGGGCCGAUCAGAUUCUUCUAGCUGCGUUGAUUUUUUAUCAAGGCUCAAGACCAUUCCUGUCAAUUGGGAAGUUAUAGAGGCCCAUGGAAUGGAACGGAGACUGGAGCACCUCACCAAGCACAAGGACCGGAAGAUUUGCUCUUCUGCCACUGCCCUUCUUCAACACUGGAGGCAGAGUUCCGGACGUCAAGAACGCCGAGUUUCUACCACCAAGAUGAGCUCCUACAGCCCCAAUUUCGUUGAGGUGGUCUAGUCGGAACCAGCAAACACACCAAAGUCAGCUGUUUCAAAGAGCUCUUUUACUUCUGUUGGUUCUAUUCAUGAUAAACUUCAUACUCAUUUUUUGUUUGCGAGAGAUAAUCUGUACAGAACAUUCUUCAAAUGUCAAUAUAUAAUGGAUUUACUCUUUCCAAGCUACAUUCAACUGUUUGUUUUACAUGUCUUCCUUUCGAAGGAUUUAAAACAUCUUUGAACCUUUUAUAGUGCAAAACGCAGCAAAAAGAAAGAUUUAAAAUAUCAGCAAAACAUAACAAGGAGAAGGACACCCAAGGAUUUCAAUGAUGAACGACCCCGUAGUGUUGCAGAUCAUUUGAUGAGUCCUCCUAUCAUUCUUCCAUCAGAGAAUUGCGAAUCAUCUGCAACCAGGAUAUUGCGUAAA